AUCCCAACAUGCAUCAAUAUUAGGUAUUUUUAGCAGUUAGAAACCAAGCACUUGAGCAUGAAGUUGAAGCGAUUUCUUCUACGAUAUUAUCCCCCUGGGAUCAUAUUGGAGUAUGAACAGGGAGGCAACUUGAAAACCAAAUCAAUUGAUCUGCUUGACCUGAAAGUAGAAACUGAUGUUGAUGCUGUGGUUGAUGAGAUAGCCAGGAAGGAACCAUUAAUUACAGCAUCUAAAACAGAACAAGUUAGGAAACUUGUACAAAGAUUACAAGAGAAACUUGCCCAAAAGGAUGACCAUCACUUUUACUUAUUCAAGGUGCUUAGAGCCCAUAUCUUACCACUCACAAAUGUUGCAUUUAACAAAUCAGGGUCCAGUUUUAUCACUGGGAGUUAUGACAGAACAUGUAAGGUAUGGGACACAGCUUCGGGGGAGGAGUUACAUACCCUGGAAGGACACCGUAACGUAGUGUAUGCUAUUGCAUUCAACAACCCAUACGGAGACAAGAUUGCCACAGGUUCCUUUGACAAAACUUGUAAACUAUGGAGCUCAGAAACUGGGAAGUGUUAUCAUACAUUUAGAGGACAUUCUGCAGAAAUAGUGUGUCUGAGUUUUAACCCCCAGAGUUCUGUAGUGGCCACUGGGAGUAUGGACACCACAGCCAAACUAUGGGAUGUCCAGACUGGUCAAGAACUUGUCUCUCUUUCUGGUCAUUCUGCUGAGAUUAUCUCCCUUUCUUUCAACUCUACUGGUACACAGCUAAUAACAGGAUCCUUUGAUCAUACAGUGUCUGUGUGGGACAUCAACUCGGGAAAGCGGAUACAUUCGCUGAUAGGACACAAAGCAGAGAUCAGUAGUGCACAGUUUAACUGGGAUUGUUCACUUAUUGCCACAGGAUCCAUGGACAAAACCUGUAAAAUCUGGGAUCCACCCUCAGGCCGCUGUAUAGGUACCCUGAGAGGCCAUGACGAUGAGGUGUUAGAUGUGGCAUUUGACUACACAGGUCAGAUGUUACUGACUGCAUCAGCUGAUGGGACAGCCCGGUGCUACAAUGCUGUCUCCCACAAUCUCAUCUCCAAGUUUGAGGGGCACGAAGGUGAAAUUUCUAAGAUAACCUUUAACCCACAAGGAACCUCAGUGUUGACGGCAAGUUCUGAUAAGACAGCGCGACUGUGGGACCCAGAAACGGGGCGAUGUAAACAGAUCCUGGAGGGACAUACAGAUGAAAUCUUUAGCUGUGCAUUCAACUAUGAGGGAAACACCAUCAUUACUGGUAGUAAAGAUAACACUUGCAGAAUAUGGAGAUGAGAGUGGUCCAUAGUGUCUCAUUAUUAAACAGUAUUAUGGUGCCAGAGCUUGAUGCCUCAUUUUGUCUGUGUCAUUGUAUGCCCUUGGUGGACUUAGAAGCAUUUUAAAAAUAUCAACAUGUUAAUUUUGCACAGAGGAAACUCCAAGAGUUUGUGUCAUGGAAGCCAUCAUCUGGAAUUUAGAUAUUUGCAAAAAAAAAAAAAAUGUUAUUCUGGUGAAGAUUUAGGGGAUGUUAUUUGAAAGAACUUAUUUCUUUGCAUCUUUCAUACUCUAAUUUGUGAAGUGUCCAAGUCUUGAAAUCCUUUUUUUGUGGUAGAAAAAAAAUUGUGGUUCCCAGAACCAAUAAUUUACACCUGUACGUAAUUAUUAACGACUGUUUUUGUCUAUUUUACUGAAAUCCAUUCCUUCCAGCUUUAUUUACUGAUAUAUAUAUAUAAUUUAUUAUAUAUUUCUUUUUUAUAGUUUUCUUUAUGAUUUUUUUCCCCAAUUUUACAUUUGAAUUGCCGUCCAGUAAUUAUUUAUGAUUGAUGGUAAUGGAUACCAUUUGUAACAUUUAAACAAAAAUAUAUGAUUGUUGAAUUUAAAGACAUAUUCACGACAGAGGUUAUUUUGUGACUUUAUACAUAAGAUUUUACAUUUAUUUUCAAUUCUAUAUACUUGAUACAUUGAUUUUUAAUGCACAUUCCAGUAUGUACCGAUGUAAUGUUUAUAAUGUUGUGUUUUGAACCAAAAAUAUAUAGUUCCAUGUAAAUUUUUUAAGUCCAUCUGCAGACUUCAAUUCUUAUAAUAUUUAAAUGUUAAUAAUUAUAGUUUAUAUAUGCAUGAAUAGAAUUGUAAAUGAUAUUUCUGAUUUUAAAAUAUUUUCAGUUUUGUUACUCCCAGACUUGGAAAACACUAUACUUGACAAAGGAAGUGGCAUUCUUAAUGACAAAUAUGUCUGUCGAAUAGAUAUUAGCUUUGAAUAACUAAUGUAAUUUUAGUUUUCGUGAUAAUGAAUUAGAACCUGUUACUUUGUAAUAUUGCACAUAUAUUGUCACAGAAAAGUUCAAGGUCACAGGAAGUACUGACAGGAUCUCGGUUAUUGUUUUGAUCAUUAAUAUUAUUAUUCAUAAUUGUUUCAUUUUUGUAUCAUUUACAUGCAAACCAUUAGCAGAAUGUCAGCAUUAUUGAUAGGUUAAGAAAUUUUAUCUUCUUUAGAUCUCUAGCAAUUUUUAAUGUGUACAAAAUUUAGAAGCUUACUUGUUUAAUUGUGGAACUACAGUUUGAUUAAUUAUGUAUGAAGUUUACUGAAUUUCUAUCUUCACAAAAUACACUUUAUUUUGCCGUUUUGAAUUGCACAGGAAUUUAUUGUCACAUUAAUUCUGUCACAAGACAUUUCAGAGUGAAAUUUGAUUGUCCGAGUCUUACAUGACAAUUUAAAACAUUUGUGCAUAAUGAAGGUUGAAAAUUCUUUGUUGUUGGGCUUUUUUUUAUGCUUGUGUGUACUUAAUUUAUUAUUAUUAUGUUGCAUUUUUAAUAGAAGAGUGUGGUAAAGAAACAGUAGAAAGACCAUGGUUCAGAAAUGGGGUUUUACAAAACUUUGAAUGCUAAUAGACUAUUGCAAAUACACCUAUUUAUUUCUCUGCUCCAUAUAAAAAUAACACAUCAAAAGAAAUUUUUAAUAUAUUUAUUAAUAUUUCUCAGUGUAUGCACAUUCAAAGGUAAUGUAAAAAGCAAUUAGCAGUCUUUGUUAUAUUAAUAUUUAGCACUCUUUUGCUUAAAAAAAGGCUCAAAUUACAAUUAAAAGAGAUGAGUACAUUUACAGUAAUGGAUAUUUGUUCGAUUGAACAUCUAAAGUUGUUAGAAAGUGUUGUCAUUUGCAUGAAAGAUAUUUAAGUGUGUAGUAAUUAUAAGUGCAGAUGGUUUUGUUGAAGAGUUUGUCAGUUUGCCCUUGUUUUGCAUAUGCAUGCUGGUUCUUUUGUAUUUGCCAGUGCAUUUUUUUUGGUUAAUACCAUAGAAAUGCAAUAAAAGAAGUACAAAAUA